AUUGGGUUUCUUUCUCUGCUGCGAGCUUCCAAAAUGACAAAGAAAAGAAGGAACAACGGUCGUGCCAAAAAGGGACGCGGCCAGGUUCAGCCUAUUCGCUGCACGAACUGUGCCCGAUGCAUGCCCAAGGAUAAGGCCAUUAAGAAAUUCGUCAUUGGAAACAUAGUGGAGGCCGCAGCAGUCAGGGAUAUUUCUGAAGCGAGCGUCUUUGAUGCUUAUGUACUUCCCAAGCUCUAUGUGAAGCUACAUUACUGUGUGAGUUGUGCAAUUCACAGCAAAGUAGUCAGGAAUCGAUCUCGUGAAGCCGGCAGGGACCGAACACCGCCACCCCGAUUUAGACCUGCGGGUGCUGCCCCACGACCCCCACCAAAACCCAUGUAAGGAGCUGAGUAAAAGAUUGAAGACAACUAUUCCCUGGAGAAAAAUAAAAUGGAAAUUGUACUUGAAAAAAAAAAAAAAAAAAA